GUCAAAAAUAAUAGUAAAUGUUAACGCAAUCUGUGGAUUUUUAAUUGAAUUAAAUUUAAUAAUAUUUUAACAUAUUUAAUACAAUGGAAUUUAUUGAGCUUAUACUUAUAAACAAAUUAGACGGAGUGAUAUUAAAAUAUCCACAUCAAGAAAAUGUUGAUGGAACCGUAUGUAUUACUGGACAUCACUUGAUUUUGAGCUCUAGGAAAGAAGGUGUACACGAAUUAUGGCUUCUUCACAAAAAUAUAGACAGUAUAGAGAAGAAAGAGAACAAGCCCAGCAGUGGCGCCACUCAAGGAGGCUCUCUGUUUCUCAAAUGCAAAGACUUGAGGAUAUUCCAACUAGACAUUGGCAGUACCAAUGAACUACAUCUUGUUGCGCAGACCCUGGAGAACUUAUCGAGUUUACAAGAUCCUAAUCUAUUCUAUCCAUUUUUCUAUAGACACAUGCAUCCUAUUGUGGAAAAUGGUUACACAUUGUACAGCAUAGAAGGAGAGUUUACAAAAGUACUAGCAACGGAAGAAUGGCGCAUAUCUCGUGUCAACCACAACUAUACAGUGUGUUCGAGUUAUGGUAAAGCUGUGGUUGUACCAAAGAAUAUUGAUGACGAAACAAUCGCUGCAGCUGCUACGUUCCGGCAGGGCGGCAGAUUUCCAGUUCUAUCAUAUAGGCACAAUAAUGGGGCAGUACUUAUGCGCGCCGGACAACCACUGUAUGGGCCGAAGCAUCGUCGAUGUAGACCCGACGAGGCCAUACUUAACGCCGUGGUAGCAGUGGGAACUAAAGGCAUCAUCUACGACUUGCGCAGCUCCAACUCCAUAUCUCAGCAGCAGAGCAAAGGUGGCGGUACUGAAAGCAAUUCAAAUUACUCACAAUGGAAAAUUUACAACAGAUCAAUGGAUGACGUAGACAACCAACAACAAUUGUUAGAUAACUAUUCUAAACUUAUUGAAGCGUGUAAUGACCGGGAGAUAUCGAGCGACAAGUGGUUAUCGAAGCUAGAGUCCUGCGGGUGGCCGGAGAGUGUGCGGAACUCUUUACACACAGCGUGCAUAGUGGCCCAACAUAUACACCAGAAAGCUGAACCAGUAUUGCUGCACGGCACUAGAGGAGAGGACGCGACGCUGCUCGUGUGCUCGUUGGUGCAAAUCAUUCUCAACCCUGAUUGCAGGACGAUACGUGGCCUGCAGGCGCUGGUGGAGCGCGAGUGGGUGCAGGCGGGGCACCCGUUCGGCGCGCGGCACCGCUGCGGGCCGCACGGCGCCGGCGCCGCGCGCGCCGCGCCCACCUUCCUGCUGUUCCUGGACUGCGUGCGCCAGUUCCUCGAGCAGUUCCCCUGCAGCUUCGAGUACCGGCAGGCCUUCCUCAUCACGCUGUUCGAACACUCAUACGCUAGCCAGUUUGGCACAUUCCUGUGCGACACGGAGCAGGAGCGCAGGUCGCGCGGCGUGUACGAGCAGACCACGAGCAUCUGGUCGUGGCUGAACCAGCCCGACGAGCUGCCGCGCCACAUCAACCCGCUGUACGACCCCACGCCCACCGUCAUAUGGCCCUCGGUCGCGCCCAUGAGCUUCGUCAUUUGGGAAGAACUGUACCUUCGCUGGCUAGUAGAACAACACACGGAAGAACGCGAGGAACAAUACAGGGUGAUCCGAUCUCGGGAACAACAACUGCGUGCGCAAGCGCAGCAGCUGAGGAGGGAACUUAUGGACCUCGCACGCCAAUACUACGCGCCGGCCAAGCGGGACCCUAUAUGUGAUAAGUAGCCUUCAAAGUCUAGUCAAAUGUGGUAGUGAUAAGUAAAUUAAAUUUAGUAUCGAUAAUGAUCUGAUAUCGAUAUUGAACUUGAACUUGAAUAAUUAAGAGAUGUCGUCAUCAAAGUACUGAUGUCAAAAUUAAUUUGUUUAUAUUGAUUUAAUAGUACAGACUACAGAGUAUUUUAAAAUAAGAGCCUGCGGCAAUGGUUUGUGUGAUGACAAAGUGAUUGAAAUCGAUAUAUGAAAUUCUUCUUUUUAACUUUUGCAUACGACUGAUAUUAGUAUAACAAAGAUUCAUUUCACCGAUAAGUUUAUAGCUACGCACAUGUUUAUGUGUUAUACGAAUAUUAGUCGUAAAAGAAAUGACAAAGUUGAUCUUUCAUAACAUUUAGGAAGCGCAUUUCAUCGCGUACGUGUAACAAGAUGUCAGAUUGCUUCGUUGCGACUUUUACAUAUAUCUAAGUUUGAUUGCCUCGGUAGCGUAGUUGUACUGCAUGCGUGGUGCGGCAGCGUUCUGAGGUCCUGGGUUCGAAUCGCGGGUCAGGCAAAGUGAUAUUUGGGUUUUUCUGCUCAGUAUCAGCCCGGAGAUGGCGACAGGCUCGGUCCCUAUCACAUCAUGGGACGGAACACACUUGGCGAAAAGUGAUGUAUGUGUGCUAAUUUUAGUCAGCACUAAUCUUAUAAAAUUCCAAAUGAAAAUUGCCACCGACGUAUUAUAUCAGAAAACAGUAUGGUACAAAAGAAGGUAGCCAAAUCUCAGAUGUUAGUUAAAACUCUGAUAUCCCUUACAUGUAAAUCGAGCAAUGUCCAUGUCGAAUACCUCUCUGCUAUUAGAGUAAAUAAAUCAAAUUAAAUAAGACUAUCUCUAAAGUGAAAGUGUAAUGUGAAGUUUUGACUGGAAAGUUUGAGAUAAAAAAGACGAACAUUACCUGAAAUAUCAGGCAAAUUAUGUUAUUGCAUAAUAAAAUUUUAUUUAUAUAUAAUUCGCAUGGUGUAUAAAAUUAUUUCAAAUAUAUACUUAGUUGUAUUGCUAAUGGCCUAAAUAAAGAUACCAUUUUGUAUGUAUAGGUGUCAGUAUAUCCGUAGGCAACAUAAGAUAUGUUUAUGAAAGAUAUAUUUAUAAAUAGGCAUUUAAGGAUGCAGUCUGAUUAAGUGCAUGAUAAAGGUGAACUUAGCGCACUCCUCGUAAUAAUAACGAAUAAUUCCUAUAACAAUUUUGGUAAUGUAAUAUUUUAAAAUAAAAGUGCAAUAGCGUUUGAAUUAUGCACGAUUAUUUAAAUAUUCACUGAAAAAUUACUACACCUAAAAUUAGUCUAAUGAUUUGCUGUCAAACUGACAAGUGUUUGACAGGCGGCUAUGAUAACCAUCUUUGUUUCACGGCCGAAAUUAAUAAUCCCCAAUCACUAUCUUUGGAUUAUGAACUAAUCAAAAUAAGUAGUCUGUGAGAAUAACGAAAGUUCUCUGGUUGAUCCAUUUUCGAGAUUGAUUCGGUAGCGAUCGAAGGAUCAUAUCGUCGGUUGACUAAUUGAUUUCUGUGACAUUAUUUUCAAAAAAAUAUUAGUUUAAAAAAAAAAUUGCGACAUAUAUGGGUAUAUCUUUUUAUUGCGUUGGCUUAGCAGUUUGAUUUUUUCACAGCUCCAAGGGACAGUAGUACUGAGUAUUUGGUAUAAAUUUCAGCUUAAUACCACCACGCGUUUCUGAGAAAAAGGGUCUUGACAGACGGAGGGAGGGACGGACGAACAACAAAGUGAUUCUGUAAGGGUUCCAUUUUUACCUUUUGAGGUACGGAGCCCUAAAAACAUAGAAAAAAGUGCUUAUUUUAAAUAUGUAUGAAACUUAAUGUCCCAAAAAAUGUUGCUUAAGUCAAUUAGCCUUUUAACCUUUGAUAUGAUAUAGACCGUUAAACGCUCAUUAAAAUAUGUCCAAUGGCUUUAAAAUCAAUGUUAUGAAUUUCAAAAGCUUUAAUUUAUUUUUUGUAUGCUUUCGAUGUACGAAAAUAAUUGCUUUUUAUAUAUAUUUAUGAAAUGCUAUUGAGACAUUCUCUAUCAAUUGUCAAUUUUCUAUCUAAACACCAAUUUUAUAAAUGUACUUAGAUUUUAUAUGGCACUAUUCUUAUGGAUAAAUACUUCAAUGAAGCUGUACUAACUAUAUGAAAUGUAUCUAUCUUUUAAGACUUAACUAUACAAGCUGUAUUAAGUAGAUUGGCUUCGUAUAGAUUGUAUAUUCAUUUUACACGUUAUUCCCAAAGAGUAUUUUUCUUUAUAAAGGUAUUUUUCUCAAUAAUGUCUUUUCAUAAACAUGCUAUUAAACUUUUUAGUUCUGAUACACCCUGUAUUGUAUUGUAAUAUAUGUAUAACAAAUUUAUAACAUUAGGCUAUAGCUAUCAUUUUUCUGUUUUUUUUUCGUGACAAAAGCUUUUAUUGCUUUACAUCUUUAUUAGUAGAAAAAUAUAUGUACAUUAUUAACUAAAUAUAUUUUAUAAUAAUUUAAGACAUAUUGAUUGAACGAAUAUUCAUCACUUGCCAAAGUAAUAUCGAGGGACAAUGAAACAUUAGUUAUCAGUCAUCAGAGGACAUCAAGACUACAUGAAGUUUAGCAUAUCUUUCGAUGAAUGACAUUUUCAGUUAAAAAUAAAACUUAUUUAAUCAGUAUUUUAACGCAUAUUCGAUUAACGCUAUACCGUUAUUAUAACUGCUUUUUUAUGUUAUUUUACUGACGUUCCUCGUUACACAGAGCUUAUUGUAUACUUAAUGCAUUCCAAAAUCAAUAUUAGCUUAAUUAUAUAUAGAAUAGUAUGUAAUUGCGGUGCACGCUUAUACACCAAUGGUAUACCUGUUAAAAUAGAAUAUAAUUUAUAUAUCGUGUAGUACUUGGUAUGUAUUAUAUAAGACUGCAAUGUUUUUCGUAUAUUCGAUUAUCUAGUUACAGUUUAUUUUGUGAAAAUAUCAAUACUUAAAAAUGACACAAAGCAAGGUGAUACAAUUCCGACAAAUACCUUAAACAUGAGAACAUUCAUUAAUUUAAAUAAAAAAUUGAUAAAAAAUUCUUCUUCUAUAGAGAAGUAGUAAACACGAACUACUAUAUUACAUUUUGCAGUUAUGGUCACUUUGCCAUAUAACCAUAAAAUUCAAUACACUUUGAUAUCCAACAAACGCGAGAGCGGCAAGUUGUGACAUAUUUACUAGGUAUACAAACCGAACAUCUAUUUUACCUUCCUAUCUUGUAUAUCUAUUUCUUCUUGUUUCCUUUGUGAUUGUGAGUCGCGUGUUCCUUGGUCUUGUCUUACUUGUUCGUUUCUUGUUAUAAAAAAUAUACUUAUAACGAUUUUAGAAAUAUUAUAGAUAGCAUUGGUGGAAUUCUAUAUUUCUAUGGAAUUCAGUUUCUAUAUGUAUGGAGGGCAUGCGGUGGUCUUUCAUUCCUAACAAUGCAAUCUACAACUUUUCUACAAUCGUUAACGCUACUAGUAAAAAAGCAAUGGUAAAUCCUAACGACAAGUCUAUCGCAAAGGUAUAUCAUUCUCAUAUAUAACGUUAGCGUUUACGAUUGUACAGAUAUCUUUGCUGCAACCCAAGAUUUUGAUAUUUUCCGAUUACAGACGAAGAGUCACGAACACGAAAAUAAACAGUAUAUUCGUUGCUCAUAAUUUAUAGUCAUAUAUUCGCACGAUAUAUUCGCCAAGCUAUCCGCCAAUCAUCCAAAUGAGACAUUAUGCUAAUGUCACGCGUAAUUUAAUAUCGACAAUCAUUAAAGGCCAAACAUUAUUUGCUUUGCAUUUUAUGAAAUAUAAUACGCCUAAAGCCGUUUUCAAUUUAUCUCGAUAAGACGUGAAUACACGUACGCUUUGUUCUGAUGCGAUAGUUAAUGUCGCGUAAUGAUAGCGUGGUCCGGCACUAAAGGGACGCAAUUUUUAUGACUGAAAAUAAUGUGCUUUGUCAAUAAAGUCGGUUUUGAAAUUCCGGACGUAUUAUUUAAAUAUUUUCUGGAUAUAGGCCAUAUUACGUCAGAAAUAAAAGAAAGCGUACUUAAUAAUAAUUUAUAAUUGAGUUAACUGUUUUGAUGCUAAAUAUAUAUGCGCAUUCUGUAUAAUCAUUUCGAUAGCUUGCUUAGUUCGGAUAAGAGUGGACGUAUAUUGACGUCAAAGAAACCGGUGUUUGGCCUAUAGUAGCAAUGAGUGUAUCAUAAUAUAUUCCUAGGUAAUAUUAUUACUAUAAUAAUUCAAUAUAAGUUUUUUUCUUUUAUAGAUUUUAGGUUCCUUCCAGAUACAUUACAACCAUAAUACUAAGAAUUUAUAUUUAUUUAAAAUCAUUGUUGAUUGCAUAAAAUAUUUAUGAAGAAUGUAUUUUCUUAAGAAAGCAACGUAGUACUUCACUCAAGUAGUUAAUGGCCUAGUGUGUGUACCUAAUACUAACUGAUUACAUCCAUUUAGUUCAAAUAUUAAAAACUGCCGUAAUUUUAUUGGAAAUGUAUGAUUGUAUCAGUAAUGAAAUUUGUAACCAUUAUAUUAAAGAAAACAUUGUUUAUGUCAAUUUGGAAUUAUAAGAAUUUAUUUGUUAGUCAAUUAAAAAAUGCCUGUGAAA